AGAUGUCACUAUUUAAAGCGCGUGACUGGUGGACUGUUACCUGUGGGACCGACGAGACAUUUGACGCUACCUGCCUCUGCAUUGGUAAUGCCAGCAACGAUCCGUCUCAAUCAGAGCAAAUCCUCGUGGGCAGCCACUCGGGCGUGUUGCGGGUGUACCAGCCCACAUGCGCUCAAAUGGAGGAUGGCACCUUCGAAGGAUUCCGGCCAGAGCACGUGCUUCUCGAGUUUCAAAUGGCCCAAGCUAUACUUCACGUGCUACUCGGACAGUUUGUUUCGGGAUCCGACAAAUUCUUCAUUGCCACUUUGCAUCCACGAAGAAUAUCUGUUCACAGCCUCACAGGUGACGCCGGUGAAGCGGAGCCCGGGACGCAGUACAAGCUGAGGCUCAUGUACGAGCACACUCUGAGUGCGCCUUCUCACUGCUGUGUGGCUGGGCCCUUCGGUGGCGUCAAAGGACAAGACUUUCUGUGUGUUCAAGGUGUGGACGGCUCGUUGACGUUUUUCGAGCAAGAGAACUUUGCGUUCACGCGAUACCUGCCAGAGUUUUUGCUGCCCGGUCCUCUUGCGUACGUUGCGAAAACGGAUUCCCUCGUUACCGUAAACACGGCUUUCCACUUGGAAAAUUUUAGGUUUCAGACACUGGCUGUGGCUACUGAGGCGUCCAAAAAACCGACGGAUGACACCGAGGGGCUACACAAAGGGAAACGCGUUGUUGCGGACUGGUCUGUUUCAAUCGGGGAGGAGGCCAUCGACAUAAAAGUGGCAAGUUUUUCCAAUUGCCCAACACUAAUAUUAGUUCUAGGUGAACACACAUUCUUUGCCUUUAAACCAAGUGGCGAACUUCACUUUUUAAAGGUGUUGGAUUUCACGGCAGCGUGUUUCUUUCCCUACCCAAGUUCGACGGAAGGCAGCUUGAUGCUGCUCAUGGCCACGCAGAGGAGCACGCUACUCGUCUACCACGAUACCGUUCUCAAGUGGGCUGCCCAGCUCUCGUCGGCUCCGAUUGCGCUGGCGAGGACGACGAUACAGAGCAUGCAGGGGGCGAUAGUGAGGCUCACCGAGCAGGGGCAGCUCAGCUGCAGCUACCUGGGGACCGACCCGUGCCUGAGUGUGGCCGCGGCGCCGGAGAGUCGCGAGUAUUCGCUCAGAGAGGUGGAACAGGAGCUCAGCAGGCUGGAGAACGCCAUCAAGUCCAGCAGCGAGGAUUUUCCUGGCCGAAAGAAGGCGGAGACUGAUUUGAAGAUCAAGGUGUUCGCUGGACCCAUGUCUGAGAUCCCAUACGAGAGCCCUGCGUCAACUGAAGAUGGUAGCUCUUUCAUUCCGUCGAUUAUAGUGAAGGUUCACCUCGAAGCCUCCGCACCUCUCCGCGACGUUCGUGUCAUGGUGGAUGUUGCCAGACCGUUAGUUGCGCUAAACAGCGACGUCACACUCACCACUUUACUGGACCACCACCAGAUGGCAUUUACGGUGAAGCAGGCUGAGACCAUGCUACCAAGCUCCCUUGACCUUAAGGUGGUGGCUUUCUACCAGAAUUCAUCGGGGGCGUCGCAGGUGGUGCAAGCGUCCAUGCAUUUGCCCCUUGCGCUCGUCGCACGUCCGUGCGUGGCUGAGAGGACGUACGAGCAUAAGUUGACCAUUGAAACGAACAAACCUUCUGUUCCGUCUAACGAGCUCUUUCCAGAUUUCGCCUGUGACAUUACGUCGCAGACUAUUGGCAUACAGUUCCUCCACGGCCCUCAAGCAAGCAUCUUGGUGUCUAAAUCCUCCCAAAAAUACAGGAUACAGAGCGACAACUUUGCAGUUCUCUGGAUUCCUGUAUUGGAGCUCUUGAGACGAUUGCAUCAGUAUUAUAAGCGCGCCUCGAAUGAUGAAACACUCAAGUGCAGCUACAGCUCAAGUUUGCCGCUUCAGGAGUAUUUUUCUGUCAUCGACGAUUAUUUCAAGAUUAGGCAGGAAGCACUAGAAGUUGAAGAACUACUAAGCCAAAGAGCAGCUCAAUUUCGCGUAGUACAAAAAUGUGUUCUUACCAAGCUCAAGGACAAGACUCCCACUCCACUGAACAAUUUUGAUUCCUUGUUGGAAGUUACACAGAGAGAGCUGCUGUCCCUGGGUAAGCGCGCAGUGGAGAUAACGAAUGAAUACCAACGCAUGCUGUCAAAGCUAAGUUCAGCGAGUCAACUGCUCGUCUUACUACUAAAGCUGAAAACACAAAUGAGUACUGAAGACCACAAGCUCUUGCAAGACGUCUUUCAUGUGGACCUUGAAGCACCUGUUACAGAGGGCUGGGAGGAGAAGCUGGAAGCGGCCAUAUGCAGCCAGCUGCAGACGGGUGAGCCUGAUGAGGAACUACCACCGGUGCCCACGGAGCUGACGCCUCUCAAAGACGUGACCCGGCUUAAGCAACUCAUCGCCAUCAUGUUCGAAAAGGUUCUUGAUGGCCUGCGUUUGUCACAGUACGACCCGCCCAGCCGCAAAGUUGACAACCAAAGCAAGGAAAGCAACCACAAGGAACCCAAGCCGGAAGUUUUCUCUUUGGACAGUACUGCCACAAUGUCAUCACCAAUACCAGGGCCAUCGACAAGCAAGCCAGUUCACGACGAAAAUGAUCUGCAAGAGUGGAUUGCUGAUUCCCAAGAAACGGAGAGCUCUAACAACAGCUUUCAGCAGAAUAGUGCUUGAUUUUGUACCCUAGGAGGUUGCAAUAUAAAAAAGAAGAACAUGGGA